CAUUCAGAUGACAACUAAUAAAGGAAAUCCUCUCUUUAGGAGUCCCCUGACACCUGGCGCCUGAGACAACUGAGCUGGAAAUGGAUCGGACUGAAUACGAGGAAGCAAUGUGACAGGGAAUGUUCCAGAUUCCUGAUGGAUUGAUUGAUUACGGUGGAGGCAAUGAAUUAUUGAACAGAGGUGUCAAUCUUGUUGAAGGCUUGCAUUGGAUCAUCUUUGAUGCUGGAGCUCAAGAAACGAAGCUCUGACAGUUGAUGGACUGUUUUUGGAGCUCAAAUCAAAACGAACUGGGCGUCAUCAUGACUGAGGAUGUAAACAUAAACAUAUACACUGUGUUUCUGAAUGGUCUUAUCAAUGGUGAGAGAGGGAGAGGAAGAUAGAAGAGAGCUAGAAACUAGGGCACCGUUAUCUGUCCCCCUUUUUUUUUUUUACUAACCACCAGGCACAAGGCAGAGAAGGAAAGAGCAAACCUUGGAGAGCAGACAGGACUUCAGCAGUGUGGUGAAGACGAGCAGACGUUCUGGAUUCAACAUUCAAGCCAAAAAACAGCAGCAACCUUUACUCGUGUCUUUAAAAUAACUCGUGACAUUCAGGCACUUCUGCACCUCCGUCGCUCGUGCGGGCGCCCUCUCUGCUUGCCACACACAUUCCACAAACAUGUUUGAGGAGCAGGUGAUGAAGGUCAAGAUAACAUCUGUGGUGAUGGUGGUUGGCAUGUCGGCCAUGCUUGCUGCAGUGGUGACGGACCACUGGGCAGUUCUGAGCCCCCGGGUGGAUAAACUCAACACCACCUGCGAGGCGGCCCAUUUUGGCCUCUGGAGGCUGUGCAAGAAGACCAUCUUCAUCGUGGAGAAGGACCCUCAGGGCAAAGGAUGUGGCCCCAUCAGCCUACCUGGAGCAAAAAACUGUUCCUACUUCAAACACUUCACAUCAGGAGAGGAAUCAGAAGUUUUUGAAGUGAAGACUCAAAAAGAGUAUAAUAUCUCAGCAGCAGCCAUCGCCAUCUUCAGUCUGUUUUUCAUGAUCCUGGGCACACUAUGUGUCAUCUUCUCCUUUGGGAAGGCGCGGGAUUACCUGCUCCGGCCUGCUGGGAUGUUUUUUGCUUUUGCAGGCCUUUGCAUCAUCAUCUCUGUUGAGGUAAUGCGUCAGUCAGUCAAGAGAAUGAUUGACAGUGACGAGACCAUUUGGAUUGAAUACUACUACUCUUGGUCGUUCACCUGUGCCUGCGCCUCCUUCAUGCUGCUCAUCCUCGGCGGAAUCGCCCUGCUCCUUAUCUCCAUGCCACAUAUGCCCCGAAACCCCUGGGAGACCUGCAUGGACGCUGAGGCGGACACUUUGGAGUAGCCACAGGUGUUCCCAGAGGCGUCUCAGGUAAAGGAAUAAAAAAUGUGAAUAGUUUUGUGUUGAAAUUCAAUCAUCUAACCACCAGAAUAAAACGUUUUCUUAGGAUCAGGACUUUCUUCUGGUGGUAUAGGCUGGCGCCAGUGUUUGACCGCCAUCAGUGUGUGAAUGUGUGUUUGUGUGAGGGCAAAGCGCUAUAUGAGUACAUACCAUUUACUCUGUAUUUGCUGUAUUCCUGUGCAGGACCACUGGGAUGCUGGAGCCUAUCCCAGCUACUAAAGGGUCAAAAUGGGGGUUCACCCUGGACAGUCUGGCAGUCAAUCACAGGGGCUAUUUAUUUAUAUUUAAUAUAUUAAAAAAUUAUUUCAUUGUUGCUUUUAAGAUUUAUUUUGAAAAUCUGGAAAUUGCCUAAAUAAAACCGAAGAAAGGAUACCACUGGAUUAUUAAAAACUAUGCCUAUUUUAUCACAGACAAAAAAAAAAGUACAGAAUAUCUAAGGCAAACAACGGUUUUUAUUACUAAAAUAGAUGACCUAUUAAAGUAAGAUUAAGGUAAACCUUUUUAUUCUUAACGUUACUCAAGUAUAACCUUCUGAGCAUUUUGCAAUUUGAAGAAAAUUAAUGUUUUUACUAAAAAUAAAUGCUGUUUUGCUUGAAUUUGACUAAUACCUGCAGAAUGUGUCCACAGUUAGCUGUUUAUGAUGGAAAUAUAUGCAUUUGAAAUACAUUUAUGCUUUAAUUGUAAAAAUAGGAAAUAAAAGGCAUAAUUGGUUUUAACUUGUUACUUAUAUGUAAAUAAUAGCAUUAAGCUAGAUGAGGCAGCUAUAAAUAGACAAGUCUUUUUUAUUGAAUUUCUAAUAGAUUUGCAGGAAUAAAGUCCAUUAUUUACAUUUAUUUGACUUUUUGCAUAAGUGUCUUCGGCUUAUCUUCGUAUAAACAAAUGCAAUGUGGCCUGUUUUUUUAUCAUUCCAAGAAACAUUAAUUAAUCAUUUUUAGUUCAGAUUUUUCUAAAAUCUAAACAUUGUUUGGCACAUCUGAGACUUAUCCUAAUAUUUCCAUACAUUUUAUUGAUUUGUUUUUCAGACCCAAAGAUUCAUGUUAGCAAUCUCUUUCAUAUAGCAACUUGUUAUUGUACACAAACUGAACCAUUUUUCCCCUCUGUCACCUUAACCCUGUAAUCAUUCAGGCGGUGCAGGUGCUGAAAAAUAAAAAACUAUCAUAAAUGCCUCCGUUCGGCAGCAGAAAACACAGAAACUGUUGUUUGAUGUCAUCAUUUAUAACUCACAAAUGUGUCCCAUACAUUUCACAUUGAUCACAAAAACAUCUGUUUAAGCUUAAGCUAUUAUUUAAUCAACCAGAGAAACCCAAUGUCACACUGAAGGAGAUGACAUUUCCAGGUUUUUCAAAGCAUUUCUUAAAAAUCCAAUAGAGUCAAUGCAGAUCAAAAGGUCUUUUGAAAUUUGGGUUAUGUAUGUAUGUGAUGACAUUUAACAAGUAAAUAAUUAAAGUAAAAGGAAAUGGUAAAUGUUUUUUUUUUCUUCCUUUAGGUAUGUUUGUAAUAUUUGUAAAUCUCAAAUGUGUCUACAAUCAUAUUUUCCAAAACAAUAAAAUGCAUUUUAAUCAAUUCAA